AUGUUGCCACACGGUACAGCCCAAGAGGACCUUCUCCUGUCCUCCGACAGCAGCUAUGCUCAACGCUGCAAGCAAGUUUUGAAUUUGGUUAAGAACCUUCGGGCGAUUGGUGCACAAGCCGACUUAGACCUUCCUAGAAUUGCAGUAAUAGGAAACCAGAGCGCAGGGAAGUCGAGUUUAGUAGAGGCCAUCUCUGGAAUCACCGUCCCUCGCGAUGCGGGGACUUGCACGCGCUGUCCGAUGGAGUGCCGUCUCUCGUCAUCCUCUGGCUCGUGGUUUUGUCAAAUCUCCAUUCGCUGGGAAUUCAAUGAUGAUGGUCGGCGCAAGGACGAGGUGCACGAGGUGCCGUUCGGACAACUUAUCACAGACAAGAACAAAGUCGAGUUGAUGUUACGCCGCGCCCAAGCCGCCGUGUUGAACCCGACUAUUCCGUGCUCCCGGUUCCUCACUAUGAGUGCCGACGAGUUGAAGGAGGACUUUGCAGCGAAUGGCCUUAAAGCGUCGUUGCCCUUCUCCAAGAAUGUUGUUUGUAUCGAUCUGACUGGGCCGGAGCUUACCGACUUGUCGUUUGUUGAUCUGCCUGGUAUUAUCUCGAACGCUGAGCCAGACAUCGUCAAGUUUGUAGAAGGACUUGUCAGAUCUCAUAUCAAAGGCAAUUGUCUCAUUCUCGUGUGCUUGCCGAUGAGUGACGACAUUGACAAUCAGAGAGCUGCUCGUCUUGCGAGUGAAGAAGAUCCUUCAGGUUCGCGUACAAUAGGCGUGCUCACGAAGCCUGACACACUGCCCCAGGGGGCGACAAAAUCUCGCGAGCUUUGGCUCGACGUGAUUGAGGGGCGUCAUCACGCUCUGACACACGGGUACUACUGCACGCGCCAGCCCGACGAUGAAGAACGCAAUGCAGGUAUAACGACGGCUAAAGCACGUGCUGCCGAAGCAGACUUCUUCGCGAAGACGUCUCCUUGGUGUAUUUCUACCCACCAGCAUCGAUUCGGCACACCGAGUCUAAUCAAGAACCUCAGCAAGCUGCUCACUCAAGUUAUCGAUGACGUCCUCCCCAAACUCCAGGGCGAAGUAUCCGCGCAGCUUUCCAAGUGCACCACCCAGCUUGACCGGCUCCCGCAACAGGUCAACACUGAGCCCUCGGCGUUUGUGCUUAACCUCGUCACCGCAUUCUGUACCGACGUCCACGCUCACGUCCAGGGUGGGCCGAGCACGGCAAGCCUUGUGCAAAAGAACCGAGCAGUGUAUGCACAGUUUAAACGAAGCAUCCGGUUGACAGCACCGCCGUUCAUCCCUUAUCCGCGCGCGGAAGAGGCUGAGGCGGACAGCAUGAAGUUCCUAGAACUAGAUGAAGAGGAGAGCUCGAACGAAAUGGCUGUGGACGAUUCAAUGGCAGUGCAGCCGAAGUACAUGUAUUUGAAUGACGUGAGGCAAUUCAUUCGGCAGUCUAUUACACGGGAACUGCCCAACAACGUUCCGUACCCGGCCAAGGUCGCACUCAUACAGGCAUUCCAAAACCAGUGGGAUCGCCACAGUCAGAACUGCUUCGAUGCAGUAGAUACGGAGUUCCAGCGGACGCUCUUCCACAUCAUCCAGACCAAGUUUGAGCGUUACGAGCACCUCAAGACACGCAUCCAAUUGGUUAUGAGAGAGCUUGUCAAACAUCGAAGAGACGCGACGCUCACCUACAUCCAGAGCCUGCUCAAGCUGGAAACCACGCCGUUCACGCAGAAUGAUCACUACCUUGCCGAGAAGACGACUAAAACGCUCGCUCGCUACAAGGAUGCACGCGCAGGCAAAGUCGCGCCUGAGAAAGCGACGCCGGCAUCCAACUUUUUCAGCAAUGGUCCCUUCGCUGAGUCUUCUAACAGAUUUGCAGCUUUUGUACCCACGCCUACUAGCAAUCUUCCGCACCCGUUGGUGCCUUCGCGAGAACCGUCUGCUACGCCGACGCCUACGCCGACAGUCUCAACGGAAAAUUCUACGUUCUCGUUCGGAGUUCCAUCAGCGUUCGCUCGCCCGGCCGCGCAAACCCAAUCACCCGCCAUCCCUAUUAUAUUCAAUGGUCAAACAGUUCAGCAAUCUGCUGCUCCUACCAAUGAUGGCAUAUCUCAGCCUCAGCCAUCCCCUUCUACGCCUGCAUUUGCAACUGGCAAGGCAAACGGGAAAGCGAAGGAGAACGGUUCUACAAACCCGCUGCUUCCGCCGUCUUACAAGACUCAGCUGGCUUCCGAGGCGCCGCUCAACGGAGUAAGGACAUUGGGCACUUCCCCAGAAAACUCGUCGUCGUCUGUUACUACCCGAAAGCCAACACCUGCGUCUGCUGCGGGACAUAUCAUGCGAGCCCUGGAGCAGCCAGGGAAUAACCCGGAGGACGUCAAGGCAGCGCUCGCUGCACUUGCGAAGAUUGGCUACAAUGUGCUUGAAGUUGACUUGGGUAAGCUCAAUCCGCCCGAUGAGUACGAGGAGGAGUUGCAGGUGAUGGCGGAAGUCCGCGCGUACUUCCAAGUUGCCUAUAAGCGAGUUAUUGACUACGUCCCUCUGUCGAUCGACCACUUAUUUCUGUAUGCGUUCGCGGAGGACCUACAGGCAUUCUUGCUGAACAAGCUCGGGCUUGGGGGUCCCAAUGCUACGGCACGAUGCGAGGCGUACCUGGUAGAAGAUGCGGGCGUUGUUGCUGCUCGUGAGGAGUUGACGAGCAAGAAGAAGCGUCUCGAGAGCGUGCAGGUAGAGCUGUUCAACUUUGGGCUGUGA